AUGUCCGCUUACUUUCUUCCAACAGAGCAAGGAAUUACUCUUCUCUUGGUUUACCUUUCCGCCAACCACGUCCCAAUCGCUACGACAACUUUUAUAACAAGCACACCACAAGAAAUUGAUCUUUUGCUGAAUCCUCCAUAUAUGCUCACCCAAUCCCUCGACGCCCUCCUUGAUCCGAACCAAAGACAACGCAAACGUGACAAAGACUCGACAACACCGCCACGUCCUAAAAAUUCGUGGAUUAUAUUUAGAAAGGAUUUCGAAAGUCUAUUGCGUGCAUUGUAUCCUGACGAAUGCUACAGCAUCCAAACGAUCUCUAAACUUGCUGGCGAAAUUUGGAAAGACUUACCGGAUGUUGUAAAGCAAUAUUUUGAUGUGCUUGCAAAAUUGGCGCGUCAGCGGCACAAGGACGCCUAUCCCAAUUACACGUACAAACCAAGGCAGAGAAGACAAGCCAGGAGAGCUAAUUGGUUGUUCAAGGAGGUUAACAAGGAUAAAAUUAUGAAAUAA